AGAGCGGAAGUAAGGUCCUAACAGCGCGGAAUAGUAAGCAACUGCUAAUACGCUAGCUCAGUUGUUUAAUUGAGAUUUUAUUGAAAAGUCUCAAAUAUGUCCGGAAGAGAAGGUGGUAAGAAGAAGCCCUUAAAAGCUGCCAAGAAAGCGACUAAGGAGAUGGAUGAUGAUGAAAUGGCCUUCAAACAGAAGCAGAAAGAAGACCAGAAAGCCUUGGAGGCGUUGAAGACGAAAGCAGCAGGAAAAGGACCUUUGACUGGUGGCGGAAUCAAGAAGUCUGGAAAGAAGUGAUUUGGCGUUAGAAGAUCAUGCACUCAUUUGCUGAGUCACAGCCCCCAUAUUUUUCUUUUCUUGUUUGGGUCCAUUGAAGAGUAAAAUACAUGAAAUGACCCUUUUUUUAAAAAUCAUUUCCAGUGUGUUCUUGUAAAGGAAAAAGUUCUGUACUAUUAAAAUCUUGUAACUACUGUUGUA